UCAAAGAAGGAACUACCCCCGGGAACACAACGAAGGUGUCCGCAGCAUAAGCCGGCACAGCACACCAUAGUAGAAGACCUUGUCUGAGGUAACAACAACGUUGGAUUUUUCCAUUAUCUGGACAAGACACACGAUUUUCUCACAUCCUUCUCACCGAUCGAUAGUAGGAAAGGAAAAAGAGUGACAGAAAGGGAAACAUACAGGUAUAAGCUACGGAAACAAAGCAAGCAGGCUACUUUUUGUCAAGUUCAUUUAAUCCAGUUUGCGAAAACAAGCUUUGUUAUAUGCUUCUGCAGCUUUUCCGUUUUGUUCCUGUUCCGUAUCUUGCAUCUAUCCAAUAUAAAGCCUCGGUAUUGUCCGUUAUCUUACUUUUGAGCUGUAUCUCUACCGAUUUCAAGCAACACGAUGUCGAGUAAGCAGCAAAGUGAGAAUUUUCCAAAAAAAGAAUCUUCCGAUGAAGACGAUGCGAUGUUGGGACAACUGACCCAUCAGAUAGAGAUUAGAAGCGCAAAUAUGAAUCCCAACUAUAAUCCGUCUUCACAUAGCAGAGUCCAAGCACAAAGAAAAAUUGCCAAAGCAGAUAGCCAAGAUUACUCCCUUGCAGAUAGCACAAAGUCUAUCAAUAACACAACUACAAAACGAAAAUCCGAUGGUAAUGUGAAGGCUUCCAAAACCUCAACCAAGAAACGCAAGAAAUCUACUACAGUGGCCAGCGACAACGGCAUUGACGACAACUCCAAUAGCAACGACGAUGAACCUAAUAACAAGAAUAAUAGAAACCAAAACAGCAAUGGAGGAUCGGGAUCAAACUCGGGGUCCCACCCCACAGCAGGACACCGUCCUGUCACUUCAUGUACCCAUUGCCGACAGCACAAGAUCAAAUGCAAUGCAUCUGAGAAGUUCCCUGAUCCAUGCAGUCGCUGCCAACGAAUGAAUCUAAAGUGUGAGAUUGACCCUCAGUUCCGUCCAAAAAAAGGAUCCCAAAUACAGUCGUUAAGAAAUGACGUUGACGAAUUACGCUCUAAGAUAGAAUUUCUUACAAGAAAUGAGAACCUGAUCACGAAAGUCCUUCAAAAGUCAACUUCAUCACAACUGCAACCCAUCAAAGAAAAUUCCGAUAUAGCGUAUGUCAAUGAUCGAGCUGGCUCCCAUGAAUUAAGUUCACCUUCAAUGGUGGCGAAAACACUCUUGAAAAAAGAACCGGUUCUUUUGAGUCUAGAUGGCAGAUCCAAUUCUACGACCUUGCUAAACGACUCAGCGAGCAACAAGGCAGAUUUGAACCCUGCAUUGGAGGCAGCAGUUCGGAAUGCUACAGAGUCCCCAGCACAAUUUGGAUCUUCAAUUCGAGAUGAAAAGAAUUUAAGCGAUGGUCAGCUAAAGGGAACACAGUUGACUACUCCGGUUAAUACAAAAUCCAUAUCCCAAAAUGCGCUAUCUCCAAACUCUCAAAUAUCUGAAUUCAUUUUGGGUGAUGUGAAAAUAAGCAUAGAUAAAGCUCAAACGUUGCACAAAAGGUUUGUUACCAACUAUCUACCUUAUCUACCAAUAAUGGUUUCAAAUGAUCCUGUCGAGCUAUAUCAUCAAAGUCAGUUAUUAUUCUGGACGGUGAUGUUAACUGCAUGUUUGUCUGACGCAGAACCUAAUUUGUACAACUCAUUUGCAUCCUUGAUCAAGCAGUUGGCUAUAGAAACGUGCUGGAUCAGAACUCCUAGAUCAACUCAUAUAGUCCAGAGUUUAUUAAUUUUGGGAACCUGGCCUCUUCCAAAUCAGAAAGUCUUGGACGACUGUUCUUAUAGAUUUGUUGGAUUAGCCAAAAGCUUAUCACUACAACUAGGUUUACAUAGAGGUAAAUUUAUGACUGAAUUUUCAAGAACUCAAGUUGCACUUCCUGAUGCUGAAAAGUGGAGAAGCCGUACCUGGUUAGCAGUAUUCUUCUGUGAACAAUUUUGGUCUUCGAACCUAGGGCUACCUCCUAGUCUUCAGACAGACUAUUUACUAGAAAGUGCAAGAAUUGAUUCUACAUUACCCAAAAAUUUUCGAUGUUUGAUUUCUCUCGCUAUCUUUCAGGCAAAGUUGGUCAAUGUUAUGGGCUUGAAUGUCUCAAGCCCUGAUGGAUUGAUGGAUCCAGCAAACCGUGCAGGUCCAUUGCACAUAAUGGAAAGAGAACUCGAGAGACUAGUCUUCAAGCUUCAAAUCGAUGAUUUAGUUGUUGAAACUUAUUAUCUAUAUGUCAAGUUGAUGGUCUGCCUAUUUUCAUUUUUACCUGAAACACCAAGUGAAGAUCAGACAAAGUAUGUCACAACGGCAUACCUUUCUGCGACUAGAAUUGUCACGAUUAUGUCGAAAUUACUUGAAGUUAAGCAGCUCACAGAAUAUCCAAUAUAUGUCCGUCAUUCAGUGACCACAGCUGCCUUUGUCCUGUUCAGACUUCACUUGACUCCCUACUUAUUACCGAAGUACAUUGAUUCUUCAAGACAGUCUAUCGUUACAGUACACAGACUUUUCAGAAAUAUGUUGGCGGCUUGGAAAGACGUUGAGAACGAUAUUUCACGUACUGCAACCGUGUUGGAGAAAUUAAAUUUUGUUAUUAUCACACACCCCGAGCUAUUCACUGAUACAGAAGGUAUUAUAGUCCGAAUGCGGUCUCAUUUAACUGGAUCGCUAUUUUAUGAUCUCGUUUGGAAUAUUCAUGAAGCUAGGAGACGCACGAUUGAAGAGGCUAAAAAUAAUGGAAAUAAGGCGUCUUUGUCGAAAACAAAGAGUACAAACAAUAAGAGAAAACCUCCCCCACUACCAUUUUACAACCAGAUCACAAAGGAUGAUUUUACUGCAAUAACGACAACGACUCCAAAUGGUACUACGAUAACUACCUUGGUUCCAACAGAUCAAGCUAUUUCCAAUGCCAAAGCGUCUGCCUAUAAAGCAGGUUUAUCGAAACCUACUGAAAUCAAUGGGAUACCAUUGGCGAUGCUCGAAGCGACUGGUUCGUUGUCGUCUAAACAAAACUCUUCGGUGAACUCUUUUACUUUGAAAUCACAGUCAAACCAACCAGCUGCUAACAAUAGUUCGGUCACUAAUAAAUUAGUUGCGAAGAGUAUUGCCAAUAAUAAAACUCAACUAACCAAGAAGCGAAAAUCGUCUAUUAAGAAAGGUGCUCCUGAAGCUAAUGCACAAUCAGCUAAUACCAAUAGCGAGGUAGUCGGAGUUCCAAAGGCUAAAUCGACAUCAACUUCCGAGGAUUCUGGUAUUCGAUUACAGCGUUCCACCUCAAUGAAUGCUGCAGCAAAUGGAUUGAUACCACCCCCUUUAUUUCCCUCAAGCUUGAAGCCCAGUGCCAGCACGACAGAUGCAAAUGCAGAGGUGGUAGACCCUAUCAAUGGUGACACUGCUGGUGACUUUAGCUCAGGCUUCAAAUCGAUACAGGAUAAUAACAGCUCUAAUAUAAGUCCUAUAACCACCACUUCAGAUAGCAAGCAAUCGAUGGGCCUCACCCCAGUUAGCAUAUCUGGGCUAGAGAAGUUUUUUGAAUCACCAAAAAUGUCAAUGUCUGGCCAAUCCAGUCCAGCAGGCCAGACUGAUAUCGAUCAAGCACAACAAGAUACUGCAAAAACUAACGUUCAGGGAUAUGCAAGCAAUUCGAGAACUAGUGCAAGCUCUAGAAAUCCAGGUUCUAAUACGGCUGGAUCAACCAGUCAGAGUCCAACCGAUUCUGACUUGCUAAACGAAAUGUUUAUAGACUCCAUUUUUCAGCAAAAUUUAAGCAAACCUGCAGAGGACGACGAUUUACUUGGCUGGUUUGAUAUGAACAUGGCGCCGGAGUUUUAAUGUCAAACUUAAUUUACUUUUUAAUCCUGCUUUUUGUUAUGUACACUUACUUGAUAAUUUAUGUUUAUUAGAGAAAAGGAUGACAAAUAUGUAUAUAAAGAACGAAAGAGAUAAUAGACAAUCAGUUAAGGAGGAAUCAAAACCGUGAAUGGAGAUAUUAAACGAGAGAAGACUAGUAAAAAGAUAUGAGAACUAUAGUAGUACGGGUCGAUGAAUGAUGUGAAAACGGGAAGAAAAAGUAAAGAGAAAAGAGAGGAAAAGGGUAAUAAGUAAGAGAAAAAGAGAAAUUUUAUUCCUCCUCAGCAGUUUCUGAUUCGUUAAAGGGAUCCAUGAUACCACCUUGACCUAUAGCAAAAAUACAUUCAGUUUCAGCAAGACAUGGAGAAUCAUAAAUCUUGCAAAUU